UGGUUGUUCAAUUUGCCCAAGAAGAUGCUCAGAGAAAUACAGCAGGUGUUGAGGGUGGUCAUGCUUUGGAAAGAACAGAAUUUACAGAAAAGGCAGCAUCGGUUAAGGACUGGAGGAGGGCUUUUGGUGCUUCUGUGGGCUGAAACAGAAGCUUCUGUUCAAAGUAUAAACUGCACUGUUGCAGCUGCUGGUCCCUGGUGCACGGGAGUUCAAGUGAACGUACUCAUACCUGUCCUCACAGAUUUGAGGGACAGCAUGUUUUCCUGUACGUGGUCGUGUCCUCAGCCUGAUCCUGAGGAACUGUGUGCCUUCACUGACAUGUAUGGUUCUCUCAGAUUGCUCCUGUCUUUUCAGAUGAAAGACGCAAGACUUUUCAGUCCUGAGUGUUGUGCUCGUAUAGAGGCGUUCCUACACUCAUUCAGUUUGGCUAACGCCAGGAUUAAAAUCCACUUCAAAUUCAAAUACAGUCAGCAGAGCUUCCAGCGAGACUUUAGAGUGAAGAUCGUGAGUAAAGUUGCCUGUGCAAACCGACCAUCACUGAUCUUGGAUGUCACAUGUAAAACACAGCCUCCAGAGUGCGUGAAGAAAGGUUGCUGGUGUCAGGGAGGACACCCUGUCCUUGGAGGCAGGUUUCCACUCAGUAUCCCUCCUGAAGUAAUGGACCAAGGCCUGUUUGGGGAGCUCAGCGCCAAGCCUGUCACUCUCCUGAGCCCUUGUGUGCUGCAGUACCCCAAUCUGGCAACACAACUCACUCACAUACAAAUAUCCUUUGUGUUGGUAUGCGGCCCCAGUAAUGUUCCUGUCACAGGCCCCUCCACCUUCCUCCAGAACCUUCCUGCUCAUCUGGACUGUCAGGAACUGGGCCUGCAUGGCCUUCACUGCUCCUCCUUCAAAGAUCUAGUGCACAGGGGUGGCAUUGUUUACACAGUAGAGCAAGAAAACUGUGAAGAUCCAGAGCAAGAAUCAAGUCUUCCCACGAUGCAGCAGAGUCUCCUGCUUUAUCUCUUCCUGCAGCACAAUGACCCCUUCACCUACCAGCUCUCUGAUUUGAUGGCCACAGAGGUGCUGAUAGAGCAACACCUGGAGGAUAUUCUGAACAACAACAGGCAGGCAGUCACAGCAGCCCUGCAGACUGAGCUGAAGAACUCACUGAAAGCCCAAAAUCACAGAAAAAAGGUGCAAGAGAAGCUACAUUCAGCUGCUGAGGUGAUUCUGAGUUCAACCAUCAGUAUUGUGAGCUGCAGCAGUAACAUGGACUUCAGAAACGCUUGUCUGAACAGCAUGAAGGUGCGUGACACUCAUGAAUUGUCAGCCUCCCUCUGUGAAUCACUGAGGAGGGUGACAUCAUGGAAAUUCACUCCCAUGGGCAAGUGCUACUCAGCUCAGAUGGAAGAACAUCCUGACUGUGAUGAGCGCACCAGAACAGAAAUCUGA